CCCGAGGAGCCGCAUACCAACCCCCGCUAUACGAAGGCGCCGGUGGCUAUGAUCCAUACUCGGGAGAGCAUGUGCAAGGGAACAUGUUUCCGCUUGGACAAGGCGGGAACUACUAUCGACAACGAGGCCCGGGGCAGCCCCCUCCCGAAGACGACGACAACACGGAGGAGGAGUCCUAUGGCGGAAGGAAAAAUGGCGACACCUCUGGCAGGAGGAAGAAAAAGGCGACGCAGGACGAUGAAGACUACCAGCCAGCGACCAGACGCUCGUCAAGGCGGACGUCGUCAAAAACCAAGCAGCAACAGCGACCUCCCUCACCUCCAGGACAUGCAAGGCAGCUCACCCCCGAGCCUUAUAUUCCUACUGAGGAAGAGCGAAGACUCGCGUCAUCCGAUCUGGAUGACUGCGAGGAGGUUUGGCUGGGCGAACUCGCCGAUUACAUGGUUGAAACACGAAAGCGGCAGAAGCAGGUCGGAACCUGGUUCGAAAUCAGUUGCGUGGAACGUAACAAUGAGAUUGCUCGCAUGAUGUCCCAGCAUUACGCCUCACGGUUAGCAACCAUGCCUCCUCCGCCGCCUAUUCCUAUGUACCCUUUGGUCGUCCCGGCCGACAAUCGGCACUCCGCCAUUCACGAACGCUCACCCUCAGUGGUAUCUGUGGACGAGUUCGAGUCUCUUGACGGCGACGAAUGGGAUCAAUCUUCGCAUCGCCAUGCGCACUCGCAAGAUGAUUUCAACAGCGCCGAGGAUGCUGCUCGGGCGUUGGAAGAUUUCGCGCUCGGUCGUGGGGGGCUGCCAGUAGGCGCAAAGAGACCCGCUGCUGGACCCUUUUCCGACAGCGGUAGUGAUCUGGAGGUUCCCGUUCGCAAGUCGCACUCUCGCAAGCGACGAAGGCUGGGCGUUAGUGGAGAGGACAUUGCCGCCGAGCUUGAGCGCGCCGCAGACCAGCUUACACCGUACGAUCAACCGUACCUACCUGGCCACGCUCCUUCCAUCUCUGCCAUGGGCAAGGGCAAGAAUAAGCAAAUACCUGCCGACCAACGAAGUGUGGAUAGUGCUACUUCUACGCCCAGGGGCCACCGAGGCAAGAAGAAAAAGACGUUUCCACCACAUACGCAAGAUGGGCUCAUGGAACCCUCCGCGUCGACCUCCGCAUCGCGUGGUGGGACACCGUCUGCGUCCGGGCCUGCGUCACCUGCACUCACGGCAUCCACUCUUCUGGAGCUCGAUGAACCUAUUCCGGCUAUGAAAAAGGCGAGGAAGGCCGAUCACGCCACCUUAUUGAAGCGAGUCAAGGCCCUCGAAGAGUCUCAGCGGAAGGUAUGGCUUACCAUCGCGAGAAAGGACGUUGUCAAGGUCUACCGGUAUCACGCGUUGGGUUAUCAAGCACGGCAGGCACAACAUAAACGGCUUGCGACUCUGGCUUCCAUCCAGGCUCGUCGGCCCUUCACGAAGACACCCAGGAACGCCAAGGACGUACAGAGCCGAGGCAAGCGACUCAUGCGCGAAAUGCUAAUCUCAUGGAAGAAGAAUGAGAAGGAGGAACGCGACUGGCGUAAACGGCAGCUUAAGGAAGACCUUGACCGGCAGAAAAUGGAAGAAGAGAAACGAGAGGCUGCGAGACAGGCCAGGAAACUGGAGUUCUUGAUCAGCCAAACGGAGCUCUACAGCCACUUUGUUGGGAGCAAGCUCAAGACUGCCGAAAUUGAGGGAGAAGAUGCUUUGGCGGCCAAUGCACCACCGGGCGCUGACUAUCUGCGCACUCCAAGUGGCUCGCUGAAGGAAAUCGACUUCGAUGACGAUGACGAAACAAACCUGUACAAUCACGCCAGCCGCAAUGCGCAAGAAGCUCUUGCGCUGGCCAAGGCCAAGGCACAGCAGUUUGAUUCUCAGGCUGCUUUGGAGCGGAAGACCAACCAGGCACUCAAGUUGGCGAAAGGCCAGGCACAUGUCCGUGAGGACUCGGAGUCACCGUCGGCUUCGGGAGCUGCUACGACAUCAGCCACACCGCUUGUUGAUCUGGAUUCCGACGAGCUCAACUUCCAAAAUCCCACGUCUCUAGGGGAAUUGACCAUACAACAACCUGCAAUGCUCAUGGCGCAGCUUAAAGAGUAUCAGCUCAAGGGUCUCAACUGGCUUGCGACGUUAUACGAGCAGGGAAUCAACGGCAUUCUGGCCGAUGAGAUGGGUCUGGGCAAGACUGUACAGUCCAUUUCUCUCUUGGCUUACCUCGCAGAGAAACACGACAUUUGGGGACCAUUCUUGGUCGUAUCACCGGCGUCGACGUUGCACAACUGGCAGCAGGAACUCACUCGAUUCGUGCCGAAUCUUAAAGCCCUGCCUUACUGGGGCACAGUGAAAGACCGUGCCACGCUACGCAAGGUUUGGAGCAAGAAGGAUAUCAGCUAUGACAAGGACGCACCCUUUCACGUGCUUAUCACUAGCUACCAGUUGAUCACCCAAGAUCAGCAGUACUUCCAGCGAUUGAAGUGGCAAUACAUGAUUCUUGAUGAAGCUCAAAACAUCAAGAACUCCGCUAGUGUACGAUGGAAGACCCUUCUUGGCAUGAACUGCCGCAAUCGCCUUUUGCUUACUGGAACACCCAUUCAAAACUCCAUGCAGGAGCUAUGGGCGCUUCUCCACUUCAUCAUGCCUAGUCUAUUCGAUUCACAUGAUGAGUUUAACGAAUGGUUCUCGAAGGACAUCGAGGGCGCAGCAGAAGGCAAAGGGAGUAGACUCAGCGAACAUCAACUGCGUCGUUUACAUAUGAUUCUCAAACCUUUCAUGUUGCGUCGAGUCAAGCGACAUGUCCAGAAUGAGCUCAGCGAAAAGAUCGAGAAGGAUAUUUACGUGGACCUCAGCGCAAGGCAACGAUCGCUGUACAGAGCGCUCCUGUCCAAUGUCUCCGUCACGGAAUUGCUGGAACGUGCGGCAAACAUAGGUGAUCCCGACUCCGCUCGAUCUCUCAUGAACCUUGUCAUGCAGUUCCGCAAAGUCUGCAACCACCCCGAGCUUUUCGAGCGUGCCGACGUCAUAGCCCCUUUUUCGUUCGCCGAAUUUGGUCGGUCAGGACCGUUGAACCGCGACGGCGAUUUCGUUCACCUCGCUUACUCAACGCGCAAUCCCAUCGAGUACAAAUUACCCAAUCUAUUCUACCGCGAAGGCGGUUUAGUCGGCAUUCCAGCUGAGGAUUCCCAUCCGCACUUCCAGAGGGGGUCCCUUCAUCGCCUGAUGAAUAUAUGGGAUACGGAGCGCAUAUAUCACUCCCUGGUUGCAGACAAUGAUUCCUCUUUUGCCUUCCUUCGCCUGCUCAACACUUCACCAGGGGAAGUCCAUAAGAUCUGUGUUUCGCCACUCAUACGUCGACAUCUGUCCGCCACUAUCGAGCGUGCGGAGCAGGCGCAAGACACAUCCUGGUUGGAAUCCACCUGUUCCGAUAUCCUGGAAGCAGGCCACUUCACUCCCCUUCUCAACGAUGUUCUUCUAGAAGGUUUUCCAGCGUUACGACGGAUAUCUACGACUAUCUGGAACGAGUCACCUUUAUCUCGUGCUAUCAUGAGGCUCUAUGUGCCUCCAGCUGUAGCACCUCCGAUAUCCGUUCACUGCACCGAUCGCUCUUUCCUGGAACACCAGUCACGCGUGCUUGAUGCGCCCUUGGCUUCAUUGGCACUGUACGGACUCCCUCCUACGCUCGUGAACUCCGAGAACGCAACAGAAAUUUAUCAAGAAUUGCUACCCGGAGCCCCGGUCACUGGUCUGCUUGCGUCAUCUGGAGAUGACCAACUCCCGAUGUCGGUCAUGCAAGUUCCUGAUGCCAAGCGAUUGAUCUACGACUCAGCGAAAUUGGCCCGCUUGGAUUCACUACUCCAAGAGCUGAAGGCUGGAGACCAUCGCGUGCUCAUUUACUCCCAGAUGACACGGAUGCUUGACCUGAUGGAAGAGUACCUGGUUUUCCGGCAGCACAAAUAUCUCCGAUUAGACGGCUCGUCCAAACUAGAAGACAGGCGGGAUAUGGUCAUUGAAUGGCAAACAAGGCCGGAUAUAUUCGUCUUCCUUCUCAGCACGCGCGCGGGCGGGUUGGGUAUCAACCUCACGGCCGCUGACACGGUGAUAUUCUACGAUCACGAUUGGAACCCCUCGAACGAUGCGCAGGCUAUGGAUCGUGCUCAUCGACUAGGGCAGACUCGCCAAGUGACUGUAUACCGUUUAAUCACCAAAGGCACUAUAGACGAGCGCAUCGUGCAGCUGGCCCGUGUGAAGAAAGAUGUCCAAGAUAUCGUGGUUGGUAACAAGAAUCUCACCGACGUCACCAAACCUAGCGACAUCGUCUCGUUAUUACUCAACGACGAUCAACUGGCAAACCUAGAAUCUUCCGCGAAGAGGUCCGCCAGGAACUUGGGCAAGCAACCAGCGGAUGCAGGGGCCAACGCGGUUAAUGAUAUCUGGAAUGAUGAGGGCGACGAAUUUUUCAGUAAUCAGAAGGGUGCUCAGGAGGUGGGGGCUGCUCUGGAGUCGGUUGUCGAGGAUACCGGAGCGGUCCCCACAAAGGGUCGGAAACGCGGGCAGAAGCGUGAUCCGAAUGCGCCGAGGCGCAAGCCAGGACCGAAACCUGGCACGAGAAGGAAGAGGGAUACUGGGGGAACCAAUACCCCGCUUGCAAAUUCAUGA